CUGAUUCCCUGGCUUAGGCUCAAGACGUAUGCCAACUUCCCAGAAGCACCUCAGGAGGAGGCUUCUCUCAGCAAUAGGCUCAAGACGUAUGCCAACUUCCCAGAAGCACCUCAGGAGGAGGCUUCUCUCAGCAAUAGGCUCAAGACGUAUGCCAACUUCCCAGAAGCACCUCAGGAGGAGGCUUCUCUCAGCAAUAGGCUCAAGACGUAUGCCAACUUCCCAGAAGCACCUCAGGAGGAGGCUUCUCUCAGCAAUAGGAUCAAGACGUAUGCCAACUUCCCAGAAGCACCUCAGGAGGAGGCUUCUCUCAGCAAUAGGAUCAAGACGUAUGCCAACUUCCCAGAAGCACCUCAGGAGGAGGCUUCUCUCAGCAAUAGGCUGAAGACGUAUGCCAACUUCCCAGAAGCACCUCAGGAGGAGGCUUCUCUCAGCAAUAGGCUCAAGACGUAUGCCAACUUCCCAGAAGCACCUCAGGAGGAGGCUUCUCUCAGCAAUAGGCUCAAGACGUAUGCCAACUUCCCAGAAGCACCUCAGGAGGAGGCUUCUCUCAGCAAUAGGCUCAAGACGUAUGCCAACUUCCCAGAAGCACCUCAGGAGGAGGCUUCUCUCAGCAAUAGGCUCAAGACGUAUGCCAACUUCCCAGAAGCACCUCAGGAGGAGGCUUCUCUCAGCAAUAGGCUCAAGACGUAUGCCAACUUCCCAGAAGCACCUCAGGAGGAGGCUUCUCUCAGCAAUAGGCUCAAGACGUAUGCCAACUUCCCAGAAGCACCUCAGGAGGAGGCUUCUCUCAGCAAUAGGCUCAAGACGUAUGCCAACUUCCCAGAAGCACCUCAGGAGGAGGCUUCUCUCAGCAGUAGGCUCAAGACGUAUGCCAACUUCCCAGAAGCACCUCAGGAGGAGGCUUCUCUCAGCAAUAGGCUCAAGACGUAUGCCAACUUCCCAGAAGCACCUCAGGAGGAGGCUUCUCUCAGCAAUAGGCUCAAGACGUAUGCCAACUUCCCAGAAGCACCUCAGGAGGAGGCUUCUCUCAGCAAUAGGCUCAAGACGUAUGCCAACUUCCCAGAAGCACCUCAGGAGGAGGCUUCUCUCAGCAAUAGGCUCAAGACGUAUGCCAACUUCCCAGAAGCACCUCAGGAGGAGGCUUCUCUCAGCAAUAGGCUCAAGACGUAUGCCAACUUCCCAGAAGCACCUCAGGAGGAGGCUUCUCUCAGCAAUAGGCUCAAGACGUAUGCCAACUUCCCAGAAGCACCUCAGGAGGAGGCUUCUCUCAGCAAUAGGCUCAAGACGUAUGCCAACUUCCCAGAAGCACCUCAGGAGGAGGCUUCUCUCAGCAAUAGGCUCAAGACGUAUGCCAACUUCCCAGAAGCACCUCAGGAGGAGGCUUCUCUCAGCAAUAGGCUCAAGACGUAUGCCAACUUCCCAGAAGCACCUCAGGAGGAGGCUUCUCUCAGCAAUAGGCUCAAGACGUAUGCCAACUUCCCAGAAGCACCUCAGGAGGAGGCUUCUCUCAGCAAUAGGCUCAAGACGUAUGCCAACUUCCCAGAAGCACCUCAGGAGGAGGCUUCUCUCAGCAAUAGGCUCAAGACGUAUGCCAACUUCCCAGAAGCACCUCAGGAGGAGGCUUCUCUCAGCAAUAGGCUCAAGACGUAUGCCAACUUCCCAGAAGCACCUCAGGAGGAGGCUUCUCUCAGCAAUAGGCUCAAGACGUAUGCCAACUUCCCAGAAGCACCUCAGGAGGAGGCUUCUCUCAGCAAUAGGCUCAAGACGUAUGCCAACUUCCCAGAAGCACCUCAGGAGGAGGCUUCUCUCAGCAAUAGGCUCAAGACGUAUGCCAACUUCCCAGAAGCACCUCAGGAGGAGGCUUCUCUCAGCAAUAGGCUCAAGACGUAUGCCAACUUCCCAGAAGCACCUCAGGAGGAGGCUUCUCUCAGCAAUAGGCUCAAGACGUAUGCCAACUUCCCAGAAGCACCUCAGGAGGAGGCUUCUCUCAGCAAUAGGCUCAAGACGUAUGCCAACUUCCCAGAAGCACCUCAGGAGGAGGCUUCUCUCAGCAAUAGGCUCAAGACGUAUGCCAACUUCCCAGAAGCACCUCAGGAGGAGGCUUCUCUCAGCAAUAGGCUCAAGACGUAUGCCAACUUCCCAGAAGCACCUCAGGAGGAGGCUUCUCUCAGCAAUAGGCUCAAGACGUAUGCCAACUUCCCAGAAGCACCUCAGGAGGAGGCUUCUCUCAGCAAUAGGCUCAAGACGUAUGCCAACUUCCCAGAAGCACCUCAGGAGGAGGCUUCUCUCAGCAAUAGGCUCAAGACGUAUGCCAACUUCCCAGAAGCACCUCAGGAGGAGGCUUCUCUCAGCAAUAGGCUCAAGACGUAUGCCAACUUCCCAGAAGCACCUCAGGAGGAGGCUUCUCUCAGCAAUAGGCUCAAGACGUAUGCCAACUUCCCAGAAGCACCUCAGGAGGAGGCUUCUCUCAGCAAUAGGCUCAAGACGUAUGCCAACUUCCCAGAAGCACCUCAGGAGGAGGCUUCUCUCAGCAAUAGGCUCAAGACGUAUGCCAACUUCCCAGAAGCACCUCAGGAGGAGGCUUCUCUCAGCAAUAGGCUCAAGACGUAUGCCAACUUCCCAGAAGCACCUCAGGAGGAGGCUUCUCUCAGCAAUAGGCUCAAGACGUAUGCCAACUUCCCAGAAGCACCUCAGGAGGAGGCUUCUCUCAGCAAUAGGCUCAAGACGUAUGCCAACUUCCCAGAAGCACCUCAGGAGGAGGCUUCUCUCAGCAAUAGGCUCAAGACGUAUGCCAACUUCCCAGAAGCACCUCAGGAGGAGGCUUCUCUCAGCAAUAGGCUCAAGACGUAUGCCAACUUCCCAGAAGCACCUCAGGAGGAGGCUUCUCUCAGCAAUAGGCUCAAGACGUAUGCCAACUUCCCAGAAGCACCUCAGGAGGAGGCUUCUCUCAGCAAUAGGCUCAAGACGUAUGCCAACUUCCCAGAAGCACCUCAGGAGGAGGCUUCUCUCAGCAAUAGGCUCAAGACGUAUGCCAACUUCCCAGAAGCACCUCAGGAGGAGGCUUCUCUCAGCAAUAGGCUCAAGACGUAUGCCAACUUCCCAGAAGCACCUCAGGAGGAGGCUUCUCUCAGCAAUAGGCUCAAGACGUAUGCCAACUUCCCAGAAGCACCUCAGGAGGAGGCUUCUCUCAGCAAUAGGCUCAAGACGUAUGCCAACUUCCCAGAAGCACCUCAGGAGGAGGCUUCUCUCAGCAAUAGGCUCAAGACGUAUGCCAACUUCCCAGAAGCACCUCAGGAGGAGGCUUCUCUCAGCAAUAGGCUCAAGACGUAUGCCAACUUCCCAGAAGCACCUCAGGAGGAGGCUUCUCUCAGCAAUAGGCUCAAGACGUAUGCCAACUUCCCAGAAGCACCUCAGGAGGAGGCUUCUCUCAGCAAUAGGCUCAAGACGUAUGCCAACUUCCCAGAAGCACCUCAGGAGGAGGCUUCUCUCAGCAAUAGGCUCAAGACGUAUGCCAACUUCCCAGAAGCACCUCAGGAGGAGGCUUCUCUCAGCAAUAGGCUCAAGACGUAUGCCAACUUCCCAGAAGCACCUCAGGAGGAGGCUUCUCUCAGCAAUAGGCUCAAGACGUAUGCCAACUUCCCAGAAGCACCUCAGGAGGAGGCUUCUCUCAGCAAUAGGCUCAAGACGUAUGCCAACUUCCCAGAAGCACCUCAGGAGGAGGCUUCUCUCAGCAAUAGGCUCAAGACGUAUGCCAACUUCCCAGAAGCACCUCAGGAGGAGGCUUCUCUCAGCAAUAGGCUCAAGACGUAUGCCAACUUCCCAGAAGCACCUCAGGAGGAGGCUUCUCUCAGCAAUAGGCUCAAGACGUAUGCCAACUUCCCAGAAGCACCUCAGGAGGAGGCUUCUCUCAGCAAUAGGCUCAAGACGUAUGCCAACUUCCCAGAAGCACCUCAGGAGGAGGCUUCUCUCAGCAAUAGGCUCAAGACGUAUGCCAACUUCCCAGAAGCACCUCAGGAGGAGGCUUCUCUCAGCAAUAGGCUCAAGACGUAUGCCAACUUCCCAGAAGCACCUCAGGAGGAGGCUUCUCUAAGCAAUAGGCUCAAGACGUAUGCCAACUUCCCAGAAGCACCUCAGGAGGAGGCUUCUCUCAGCAAUAGGCUCAAGACGUAUGCCAACUUCCCAGAAGCACCUCAGGAGGAGGCUUCUCUCAGCAAUAGGCUCAAGACGUAUGCCAACUUCCCAGAAGCACCUCAGGAGGAGGCUUCUCUCAGCAAUAGGCUCAAGACGUAUGCCAACUUCCCAGAAGCACCUCAGGAGGAGGCUUCUCUCAGCAAUAGGCUCAAGACGUAUGCCAACUUCCCAGAAGCACCUCAGGAGGAGGCUUCUCUCAGCAAUAGGCUCAAGACGUAUGCCAACUUCCCAGAAGCACCUCAGGAGGAGGCUUCUCUCAGCAAUAGGCUCAAGACGUAUGCCAACUUCCCAGAAGCACCUCAGGAGGAGGCUUCUCUCAGCAAUAGGCUCAAGACGUAUGCCAACUUCCCAGAAGCACCUCAGGAGGAGGCUUCUCUCAGCAAUAGGCUCAAGACGUAUGCCAACUUCCCAGAAGCACCUCAGGAGGAGGCUUCUCUCAGCAAUAGGCUCAAGACGUAUGCCAACUUCCCAGAAGCACCUCAGGAGGAGGCUUCUCUCAGCAAUAGGCUCAAGACGUAUGCCAACUUCCCAGAAGCACCUCAGGAGGAGGCUUCUCUCAGCAAUAGGCUCAAGACGUAUGCCAACUUCCCAGAAGCACCUCAGGAGGAGGCUUCUCUCAGCAAUAGGCUCAAGACGUAUGCCAACUUCCCAGAAGCACCUCAGGAGGAGGCUUCUCUCAGCAAUAGGCUCAAGACGUAUGCCAACUUCCCAGAAGCACCUCAGGAGGAGGCUUCUCUCAGCAAUAGGCUCAAGACGUAUGCCAACUUCCCAGAAGCACCUCAGGAGGAGGCUUCUCUCAGCAAUAGGCUCAAGACGUAUGCCAACUUCCCAGAAGCACCUCAGGAGGAGGCUUCUCUCAGCAAUAGGCUCAAGACGUAUGCCAACUUCCCAGAAGCACCUCAGGAGGAGGCUUCUCUCAGCAAUAGGCUCAAGACGUAUGCCAACUUCCCAGAAGCACCUCAGGAGGAGGCUUCUCUCAGCAAUAGGCUCAAGACGUAUGCCAACUUCCCAGAAGCACCUCAGGAGGAGGCUUCUCUCAGCAAUAGGCUCAAGACGUAUGCCAACUUCCCAGAAGCACCUCAGGAGGAGGCUUCUCUCAGCAAUAGGCUCAAGACGUAUGCCAACUUCCCAGAAGCACCUCAGGAGGAGGCUUCUCUCAGCAAUAGGCUCAAGACGUAUGCCAACUUCCCAGAAGCACCUCAGGAGGAGGCUUCUCUCAGCAAUAGGCUCAAGACGUAUGCCAACUUCCCAGAAGCACCUCAGGAGGAGGCUUCUCUCAGCAAUAGGCUCAAGACGUAUGCCAACUUCCCAGAAGCACCUCAGGAGGAGGCUUCUCUCAGCAAUAGGCUCAAGACGUAUGCCAACUUCCCAGAAGCACCUCAGGAGGAGGCUUCUCUCAGCAAUAGGCUCAAGACGUAUGCCAACUUCCCAGAAGCACCUCAGGAGGAGGCUUCUCUCAGCAAUAGGCUCAAGACGUAUGCCAACUUCCCAGAAGCACCUCAGGAGGAGGCUUCUCUCAGCAAUAGGCUCAAGACGUAUGCCAACUUCCCAGAAGCACCUCAGGAGGAGGCUUCUCUCAGCAAUAGGCUCAAGACGUAUGCCAACUUCCCAGAAGCACCUCAGGAGGAGGCUUCUCUCAGCAAUAGGCUCAAGACGUAUGCCAACUUCCCAGAAGCACCUCAGGAGGAGGCUUCUCUCAGCAAUAGGCUCAAGACGUAUGCCAACUUCCCAGAAGCACCUCAGGAGGAGGCUUCUCUCAGCAAUAGGCUCAAGACGUAUGCCAACUUCCCAGAAGCACCUCAGGAGGAGGCUUCUCUCAGCAAUAGGCUCAAGACGUAUGCCAACUUCCCAGAAGCACCUCAGGAGGAGGCUUCUCUCAGCAAUAGGCUCAAGACGUAUGCCAACUUCCCAGAAGCACCUCAGGAGGAGGCUUCUCUCAGCAAUAGGCUCAAGACGUAUGCCAACUUCCCAGAAGCACCUCAGGAGGAGGCUUCUCUCAGCAAUAGGCUCAAGACGUAUGCCAACUUCCCAGAAGCACCUCAGGAGGAGGCUUCUCUCAGCAAUAGGCUCAAGACGUAUGCCAACUUCCCAGAAGCACCUCAGGAGGAGGCUUCUCUCAGCAAUAGGCUCAAGACGUAUGCCAACUUCCCAGAAGCACCUCAGGAGGAGGCUUCUCUAAGCAAUAGGCUCAAGACGUAUGCCAACUUCCCAGAAGCACCUCAGGAGGAGGCUUCUCUCAGCAAUAGGCUCAAGACGUAUGCCAACUUCCCAGAAGCACCUCAGGAGGAGGCUUCUCUCAGCAAUAGGCUCAAGACGUAUGCCAACUUCCCAGAAGCACCUCAGGAGGAGGCUUCUCUCAGCAAUAGGCUCAAGACGUAUGCCAACUUCCCAGAAGCACCUCAGGAGGAGGCUUCUCUCAGCAAUAGGCUCAAGACGUAUGCCAACUUCCCAGAAGCACCUCAGGAGGAGGCUUCUCUCAGCAAUAGGCUCAAGACGUAUGCCAACUUCCCAGAAGCACCUCAGGAGGAGGCUUCUCUCAGCAAUAGGCUCAAGACGUAUGCCAACUUCCCAGAAGCACCUCAGGAGGAGGCUUCUCUCAGCAAUAGGCUCAAGACGUAUGCCAACUUCCCAGAAGCACCUCAGGAGGAGGCUUCUCUCAGCAAUAGGCUCAAGACGUAUGCCAACUUCCCAGAAGCACCUCAGGAGGAGGCUUCUCUCAGCAAUAGGCUCAAGACGUAUGCCAACUUCCCAGAAGCACCUCAGGAGGAGGCUUCUCUCAGCAAUAGGCUCAAGACGUAUGCCAACUUCCCAGAAGCACCUCAGGAGGAGGCUUCUCUCAGCAAUAGGCUCAAGACGUAUGCCAACUUCCCAGAAGCACCUCAGGAGGAGGCUUCUCUCAGCAAUAGGCUCAAGACGUAUGCCAACUUCCCAGAAGCACCUCAGGAGGAGGCUUCUCUCAGCAAUAGGUUCAAGACGUAUGCCAACUUCCCAAAAGCACCUCAGGAGGAGGCUUCUCUCAGCAAUAGGCUCAAGACGUAUGCCAACUUCCCAGAAGCACCUCAGGAGGAGGCUUCUCUCAGCAAUAGGCUCAAGACGUAUGCCAACUUCCCAGAAGCACCUCAGGAGGAGGCUUCUCUCAGCAAUAGGCUCAAGACGUAUGCCAACUUCCCAGAAGCACCUCAGGAGGAGGCUUCUCUCAGCAAUAGGCUCAAGACGUAUGCCAACUUCCCAGAAGCACCUCAGGAGGAGGCUUCUCUCAGCAAUAGGCUCAAGACUUAUGCCAACUUCCCAGAAGCACCUCAGGAGGAGGCUUCUCUCAGCAAUAGGCUCAAGACGUAUGCCAACUUCCCAGAAGCACCUCAGGAGGAGGCUUCUCUCAGCAAUAGGCUCAAGACGUAUGCCAACUUCCCAGAAGCACCUCAGGAGGAGGCUUCUCUCAGCAAUAGGCUCAAGACGUAUGCCAACUUCCCAGAAGCACCUCAGGAGGAGGCUUCUCUCAGCAAUAGGCUCAAGACGUAUGCCAACUUCCCAGAAGCACCUCAGGAGGAGGCUUCUCUCAGCAAUAGGCUCAAGACGUAUGCCAACUUCCCAGAAGCACCUCAGGAGGAGGCUUCUCUCAGCAAUAGGCUCAAGACGUAUGCCAACUUCCCAGAAGCACCUCAGGAGGAGGCUUCUCUCAGCAAUAGGCUCAAGACGUAUGCCAACUUCCCAGAAGCACCUCAGGAGGAGGCUUCUCUCAGCAAUAGGCUCAAGACGUAUGCCAACUUCCCAGAAGCACCUCAGGAGGAGGCUUCUCUCAGCAAUAGGCUCAAGACGUAUGCCAACUUCCCAGAAGCACCUCAGGAGGAGGCUUCUCUCAGCAAUAGGCUCAAGACGUAUGCCAACUUCCCAGAAGCACCUCAGGAGGAGGCUUCUCUCAGCAAUAGGCUCAAGACGUAUGCCAACUUCCCAGAAGCACCUCAGGAGGAGGCUUCUCUCAGCAAUAGGCUCAAGACGUAUGCCAACUUCCCAGAAGCACCUCAGGAGGAGGCUUCUCUCAGCAAUAGGCUCAAGACGUAUGCCAACUUCCCAGAAGCACCUCAGGAGGAGGCUUCUCUCAGCAAUAGGCUCAAGACGUAUGCCAACUUCCCAGAAGCACCUCAGGAGGAGGCUUCUCUCAGCAAUAGGCUCAAGACGUAUGCCAACUUCCCAGAAGCACCUCAGGAGGAGGCUUCUCUCAGCAAUAGGCUCAAGACGUAUGCCAACUUCCCAGAAGCACCUCAGGAGGAGGCUUCUCUCAGCAAUAGGCUCAAGACGUAUGCCAACUUCCCAGAAGCACCUCAGGAGGAGGCUUCUCUCAGCAAUAGGCUCAAGACGUAUGCCAACUUCCCAGAAGCACCUCAGGAGGAGGCUUCUCUCAGCAAUAGGCUCAAGACGUAUGCCAACUUCCCAGAAGCACCUCAGGAGGAGGCUUCUCUCAGCAAUAGGCUCAAGACGUAUGCCAACUUCCCAGAAGCACCUCAGGAGGAGGCUUCUCUCAGCAAUAGGCUCAAGACGUAUGCCAACUUCCCAGAAGCACCUCAGGAGGAGGCUUCUCUCAGCAAUAGGCUCAAGACGUAUGCCAACUUCCCAGAAGCACCUCAGGAGGAGGCUUCUCUCAGCAAUAGGCUCAAGACGUAUGCCAACUUCCCAGAAGCACCUCAGGAGGAGGCUUCUCUCAGCAAUAGGCUCAAGACGUAUGCCAACUUCCCAGAAGCACCUCAGGAGGAGGCUUCUCUCAGCAAUAGGCUCAAGACGUAUGCCAACUUCCCAGAAGCACCUCAGGAGGAGGCUUCUCUCAGCAAUAGGCUCAAGACGUAUGCCAACUUCCCAGAAGCACCUCAGGAGGAGGCUUCUCUCAGCAAUAGGCUCAAGACGUAUGCCAACUUCCCAGAAGCACCUCAGGAGGAGGCUUCUCUCAGCAAUAGGCUCAAGACGUAUGCCAACUUCCCAGAAGCACCUCAGGAGGAGGCUUCUCUCAGCAAUAGGCUCAAGACGUAUGCCAACUUCCCAGAAGCACCUCAGGAGGAGGCUUCUCUCAGCAAUAGGCUCAAGACGUAUGCCAACUUCCCAGAAGCACCUCAGGAGGAGGCUUCUCUCAGCAAUAGGCUCAAGACGUAUGCCAACUUCCCAGAAGCACCUCAGGAGGAGGCUUCUCUCAGCAAUAGGCUCAAGACGUAUGCCAACUUCCCAGAAGCACCUCAGGAGGAGGCUUCUCUCAGCAAUAGGCUCAAGACGUAUGCCAACUUCCCAGAAGCACCUCAGGAGGAGGCUUCUCUCAGCAAUAGGCUCAAGACGUAUGCCAACUUCCCAGAAGCACCUCAGGAGGAGGCUUCUCUCAGCAAUAGGCUCAAGACGUAUGCCAACUUCCCAGAAGCACCUCAGGAGGAGGCUUCUCUCAGCAAUAGGCUCAAGACGUAUGCCAACUUCCCAGAAGCACCUCAGGAGGAGGCUUCUCUCAGCAAUAGGCUCAAGACGUAUGCCAACUUCCCAGAAGCACCUCAGGAGGAGGCUUCUCUCAGCAAUAGGCUCAAGACGUAUGCCAACUUCCCAGAAGCACCUCAGGAGGAGGCUUCUCUCAGCAAUAGGCUCAAGACGUAUGCCAACUUCCCAGAAGCACCUCAGGAGGAGGCUUCUCUCAGCAAUAGGCUCAAGACGUAUGCCAACUUCCCAGAAGCACCUCAGGAGGAGGCUUCUCUCAGCAAUAGGCUCAAGACGUAUGCCAACUUCCCAGAAGCACCUCAGGAGGAGGCUUCUCUCAGCAAUAGGCUCAAGACGUAUGCCAACUUCCCAGAAGCACCUCAGGAGGAGGCUUCUCUCAGCAAUAGGCUCAAGACGUAUGCCAACUUCCCAGAAGCACCUCAGGAGGAGGCUUCUCUCAGCAAUAGGCUCAAGACGUAUGCCAACUUCCCAGAAGCACCUCAGGAGGAGGCUUCUCUCAGCAAUAGGCUCAAGACGUAUGCCAACUUCCCAGAAGCACCUCAGGAGGAGGCUUCUCUCAGCAAUAGGCUCAAGACGUAUGCCAACUUCCCAGAAGCACCUCAGGAGGAGGCUUCUCUCAGCAAUAGGCUCAAGACGUAUGCCAACUUCCCAGAAGCACCUCAGGAGGAGGCUUCUCUCAGCAAUAGGCUCAAGACGUAUGCCAACUUCCCAGAAGCACCUCAGGAGGAGGCUUCUCUCAGCAAUAGGCUCAAGACGUAUGCCAACUUCCCAGAAGCACCUCAGGAGGAGGCUUCUCUCAGCAAUAGGCUCAAGACGUAUGCCAACUUCCCAGAAGCACCUCAGGAGGAGGCUUCUCUCAGCAAUAGGCUCAAGACGUAUGCCAACUUCCCAGAAGCACCUCAGGAGGAGGCUUCUCUCAGCAAUAGGCUCAUGACGUAUGCCAACUUCCCAGAAGCACCUCAGGAGGAGGCUUCUCUCAGCAAUAGGCUCAAGACGUAUGCCAACUUCCCAGAAGCACCUCAGGAGGAGGCUUCUCUCAGCAAUAGGCUCAAGACGUAUGCCAACUUCCCAGAAGCACCUCAGGAGGAGGCUUCUCUCAGCAAUAGGCUCAAGACGUAUGCCAACUUCCCAGAAGCACCUCAGGAGGAGGCUUCUCUCAGCAAUAGGCUCAAGACGUAUGCCAACUUCCCAGAAGCACCUCAGGAGGAGGCUUCUCCCAGCAAUAGGCUCAAGACGUAUGCCAACUUCCCAGAAGCACCUCAGGAGGAGGCUUCUCUCAGCAAUAGGCUCAAGACGUAUGCCAACUUCCCAGAAGCACCUCAGGAGGAGGCUUCUCUCAGCAAUAGGCUCAAGACGUAUGCCAACUUCCCAGAAGCACCUCAGGAGGAGGCUUCUCUCAGCAAUAGGCUCAAGACGUAUGCCAACUUCCCAGAAGCACCUCAGGAGGAGGCUUCUCUCAGCAAUAGGCUCAAGACGUAUGCCAACUUCCCAGAAGCACCUCAGGAGGAGGCUUCUCUCAGCAAUAGGCUCAAGACGUAUGCCAACUUCCCAGAAGCACCUCAGGAGGAGGCUUCUCUCAGCAAUAGGCUCAAGACGUAUGCCAACUUCCCAGAAGCACCUCAGGAGGAGGCUUCUCUCAGCAAUAGGCUCAAGACGUAUGCCAACUUCCCAGAAGCACCUCAGGAGGAGGCUUCUCUCAGCAAUAGGCUCAAGACGUAUGCCAACUUCCCAGAAGCACCUCAGGAGGAGGCUUCUCUCAGCAAUAGGCUCAAGACGUAUGCCAACUUCCCAGAAGCACCUCAGGAGGAGGCUUCUCUCAGCAAUAGGCUCAAGACGUAUGCCAACUUCCCAGAAGCACCUCAGGAGGAGGCUUCUCUCAGCAAUAGGCUCAAGACGUAUGCCAACUUCCCAGAAGCACCUCAGGAGGAGGCUUCUCUCAGCAAUAGGCUCAAGACGUAUGCCAACUUCCCAGAAGCACCUCAGGAGGAGGCUUCUCUCAGCAAUAGGCUCAAGACGUAUGCCAACUUCCCAGAAGCACCUCAGGAGGAGGCUUCUCUCAGCAAUAGGCUCAAGACGUAUGCCAACUUCCCAGAAGCACCUCAGGAGGAGGCUUCUCUCAGCAAUAGGCUCAAGACGUAUGCCAACUUCCCAGAAGCACCUCAGGAGGAGGCUUCUCUCAGCAAUAGGCUCAAGACGUAUGCCAACUUCCCAGAAGCACCUCAGGAGGAGGCUUCUCUCAGCAAUAGGCUCAAGACGUAUGCCAACUUCCCAGAAGCACCUCAGGAGGAGGCUUCUCUCAGCAAUAGGCUCAAGACGUAUGCCAACUUCCCAGAAGCACCUCAGGAGGAGGCUUCUCUCAGCAAUAGGCUCAAGACGUAUGCCAACUUCCCAGAAGCACCUCAGGAGGAGGCUUCUCUCAGCAAUAGGCUCAAGACGUAUGCCAACUUCCCAGAAGCACCUCAGGAGGAGGCUUCUCUCAGCAAUAGGCUCAAGACGUAUGCCAACUUCCCAGAAGCACCUCAGGAGGAGGUUUCUCUCAGCAAUAGGCUCAAGACGUAUGCCAACUUCCCAGAAGCACCUCAGGAGGAGGCUUCUCUCAGCAAUAGGCUCAAGACGUAUGCCAACUUCCCAGAAGCACCUCAGGAGGAGGCUUCUCUCAGCAAUAGGCUCAAGACGUAUGCCAACUUCCCAGAAGCACCUCAGGAGGAGGCUUCUCUCAGCAAUAGGCUCAAGACGUAUGCCAACUUCCCAGAAGCACCUCAGGAGGAGGCUUCUCUCAGCAAUAGGCUCAAGACGUAUGCCAACUUCCCAGAAGCACCUCAGGAGGAGGCUUCUCUCAGCAAUAGGCUCAAGACGUAUGCCAACUUCCCAGAAGCACCUCAGGAGGAGGCUUCUCUCAGCAAUAGGCUCAAGACGUAUGCCAACUUCCCAGAAGCACCUCAGGAGGAGGCUUCUCUCAGCAAUAGGCUCAAGACGUAUGCCAACUUCCCAGAAGCACCUCAGGAGGAGGCUUCUCUCAGCAAUAGGCUCAAGACGUAUGCCAACUUCCCAGAAGCACCUCAGGAGGAGGCUUCUCUCAGCAAUAGGCUCAAGACGUAUGCCAACUUCCCAGAAGCACCUCAGGAGGAGGCUUCUCUCAGCAAUAGGCUCAAGACGUAUGCCAACUUCCCAGAAGCACCUCAGGAGGAGGCUUCUCUCAGCAAUAGGCUCAAGACGUAUGCCAACUUCCCAGAAGCACCUCAGGAGGAGGCUUCUCUCAGCAGUAGGCUCAAGACGUAUGCCAACUUCCCAGAAGCACCUCAGGAGGAGGCUUCUCUCAGCAAUAGGCUCAAGACGUAUGCCAACUUCCCAGAAGCACCUCAGGAGGAGGCUUCUCUCAGCAAUAGGCUCAAGACGUAUGCCAACUUCCCAGAAGCACCUCAGGAGGAGGCUUCUCUCAGCAAUAGGCUCAAGACGUAUGCCAACUUCCCAGAAGCACCUCAGGAGGAGGCUUCUCUCAGCAAUAGGCUCAAGACGUAUGCCAACUUCCCAGAAGCACCUCAGGAGGAGGCUUCUCUCAGCAAUAGGCUCAAGACGUAUGCCAACUUCCCAGAAGCACCUCAGGAGGAGGCUUCUCUCAGCAAUAGGCUCAAGACGUAUGCCAACUUCCCAGAAGCACCUCAGGAGGAGGCUUCUCUCAGCAAUAGGCUCAAGACGUAUGCCAACUUCCCAGAAGCACCUCAGGAGGAGGCUUCUCUCAGCAAUAGGCUCAAGACGUAUGCCAACUUCCCAGAAGCACCUCAGGAGGAGGCUUCUCUCAGCAAUAGGCUCAAGACGUAUGCCAACUUCCCAGAAGCACCUCAGGAGGAGGCUUCUCUCAGCAAUAGGCUCAAGACGUAUGCCAACUUCCCAGAAGCACCUCAGGAGGAGGCUUCUCUCAGCAAUAGGCUCAAGACGUAUGCCAACUUCCCAGAAGCACCUCAGGAGGAGGCUUCUCUCAGCAAUAGGCUCAAGACGUAUGCCAACUUCCCAGAAGCACCUCAGGAGGAGGCUUCUCUCAGCAAUAGGCUCAAGACGUAUGCCAACUUCCCAGAAGCACCUCAGGAGGAGGCUUCUCUCAGCAAUAGGCUCAAGACGUAUGCCAACUUCCCAGAAGCACCUCAGGAGGAGGCUUCUCUCAGCAAUAGGCUCAAGACGUAUGCCAACUUCCCAGAAGCACCUCAGGAGGAGGCUUCUCUCAGCAAUAGGCUCAAGACGUAUGCCAACUUCCCAGAAGCACCUCAGGAGGAGGCUUCUCUCAGCAAUAGGCUCAAGACGUAUGCCAACUUCCCAGAAGCACCUCAGGAGGAGGCUUCUCUCAGCAAUAGGCUCAAGACGUAUGCCAACUUCCCAGAAGCACCUCAGGAGGAGGCUUCUCUCAGCAAUAGGCUCAAGACGUAUGCCAACUUCCCAGAAGCACCUCAGGAGGAGGCUUCUCUCAGCAAUAGGCUCAAGACGUAUGCCAACUUCCCAGAAGCACCUCAGGAGGAGGCUUCUCUCAGCAAUAGGCUCAAGACGUAUGCCAACUUCCCAGAAGCACCUCAGGAGGAGGCUUCUCUCAGCAAUAGGCUCAAGACGUAUGCCAACUUCCCAGAAGCACCUCAGGAGGAGGCUUCUCUCAGCAAUAGGCUCAAGACGUAUGCCAACUUCCCAGAAGCACCUCAGGAGGAGGCUUCUCUCAGCAAUAGGCUCAAGACGUAUGCCAACUUCCCAGAAGCACCUCAGGAGGAGGCUUCUCUCAGCAAUAGGCUCAAGACGUAUGCCAACUUCCCAGAAGCACCUCAGGAGGAGGCUUCUCUCAGCAAUAGGCUCAAGACGUAUGCCAACUUCCCAGAAGCACCUCAGGAGGAGGCUUCUCUCAGCAAUAGGCUCAAGACGUAUGCCAACUUCCCAGAAGCACCUCAGGAGGAGGCUUCUCUCAGCAAUAGGCUCAAGACGUAUGCCAACUUCCCAGAAGCACCUCAGGAGGAGGCUUCUCUCAGCAAUAGGCUCAAGACGUAUGCCAACUUCCCAGAAGCACCUCAGGAGGAGGCUUCUCUCAGCAAUAGGCUCAAGACGUAUGCCAACUUCCCAGAAGCACCUCAGGAGGAGGCUUCUCUCAGCAAUAGGCUCAAGACGUAUGCCAACUUCCCAGAAGCACCUCAGGAGGAGGCUUCUCUCAGCAAUAGGCUCAAGACGUAUGCCAACUUCCCAGAAGCACCUCAGGAGGAGGCUUCUCUCAGCAAUAGGCUCAAGACGUAUGCCAACUUCCCAGAAGCACCUCAGGAGGAGGCUUCUCUCAGCAAUAGGCUCAAGACGUAUGCCAACUUCCCAGAAGCACCUCAGGAGGAGGCUUCUCUCAGCAAUAGGCUCAAGACGUAUGCCAACUUCCCAGAAGCACCUCAGGAGGAGGCUUCUCUCAGCAAUAGGCUCAAGACGUAUGCCAACUUCCCAGAAGCACCUCAGGAGGAGGCUUCUCUCAGCAAUAGGCUCAAGACGUAUGCCAACUUCCCAGAAGCACCUCAGGAGGAGGCUUCUCUCAGCAAUAGGCUCAAGACGUAUGCCAACUUCCCAGAAGCACCUCAGGAGGAGGCUUCUCUCAGCAAUAGGCUCAAGACGUAUGCCAACUUCCCAGAAGCACCUCAGGAGGAGGCUUCUCUCAGCAAUAGGCUCAAGACGUAUGCCAACUUCCCAGAAGCACCUCAGGAGGAGGCUUCUCUCAGCAAUAGGCUCAAGACGUAUGCCAACUUCCCAGAAGCACCUCAGGAGAAGGCUUCUCUCAGCAAUAGGCUCAAGACGUAUGCCAACUUCCCAGAAGCACCUCAGGAGGAGGCUUCUCUCAGCAAUAGGCUCAAGACGUAUGCCAACUUCCCAGAAGCACCUCAGGAGGAGGCUUCUCUCAGCAAUAGGCUCAAGACGUAUGCCAACUUCCCAGAAGCACCUCAGGAGGAGGCUUCUCUCAGCAAUAGGCUCAAGACGUAUGCCAACUUCCCAGAAGCACCUCAGGAGGAGGCUUCUCUCAGCAAUAGGCUCAAGACGUAUGCCAACUUCCCAGAAGCACCUCAGGAGGAGGCUUCUCUCAGCAAUAGGCUCAAGACGUAUGCCAACUUCCCAGAAGCACCUCAGGAGGAGGCUUCUCUCAGCAAUAGGCUCAAGACGUAUGCCAACUUCCCAGAAGCACCUCAGGAGGAGGCUUCUCUCAGCAAUAGGCUCAAGACGUAUGCCAACUUCCCAGAAGCACCUCAGGAGAAGGCUUCUCUCAGCAAUAGGCUCAAGACGUAUGCCAACUUCCCAGAAGCACCUCAGGAGGAGGCUUCUCUCAGCAAUAGGCUCAAGACGUAUGCCAACUUCCCAGAAGCACCUCAGGAGGAGGCUUCUCUCAGCAAUAGGCUCAAGACGUAUGCCAACUUCCCAGAAGCACCUCAGGAGGAGGCUUCUCUCAGCAAUAGGCUCAAGACGUAUGCCAACUUCCCAGAAGCACCUCAGGAGGAGGCUUCUCUCAGCAAUAGGCUCAAGACGUAUGCCAACUUCCCAGAAGCACCUCAGGAGGAGGCUUCUCUCAGCAAUAGGCUCAAGACGUAUGCCAACUUCCCAGAAGCACCUCAGGAGGAGGCUUCUCUCAGCAAUAGGCUCAAGACGUAUGCCAACUUCCCAGAAGCACCUCAGGAGGAGGCUUCUCUCAGCAAUAGGCUCAAGACGUAUGCCAACUUCCCAGAAGCACCUCAGGAGGAGGCUUCUCUCAGCAAUAGGCUCAAGACGUAUGCCAACUUCCCAGAAGCACCUCAGGAGGAGGCUUCUCUCAGCAAUAGGCUCAAGACGUAUGCCAACUUCCCAGAAGCACCUCAGGAGGAGGCUUCUCUCAGCAAUAGGCUCAAGACGUAUGCCAACUUCCCAGAAGCACCUCAGGAGGAGGCUUCUCUCAGCAAUAGGCUCAAGACGUAUGCCAACUUCCCAGAAGCACCUCAGGAGGAGGCUUCUCUCAGCAAUAGGCUCAAGACGUAUGCCAACUUCCCAGAAGCACCUCAGGAGGAGGCUUCUCUCAGCAAUAGGCUCAAGACGUAUGCCAACUUCCCAGAAGCACCUCAGGAGGAGGCUUCUCUCAGCAAUAGGCUCAAGACGUAUGCCAACUUCCCAGAAGCACCUCAGGAGGAGGCUUCUCUCAGCAAUAGGCUCAAGACGUAUGCCAACUUCCCAGAAGCACCUCAGGAGGAGGCUUCUCUCAGCAAUAGGCUCAAGACGUAUGCCAACUUCCCAGAAGCACCUCAGGAGGAGGCUUCUCUCAGCAAUAGGCUCAAGACGUAUGCCAACUUCCCAGAAGCACCUCAGGAGGAGGCUUCUCUCAGCAAUAGGCUCAAGACGUAUGCCAACUUCCCAGAAGCACCUCAGGAGGAGGCUUCUCUCAGCAAUAGGCUCAAGACGUAUGCCAACUUCCCAGAAGCACCUCAGGAGGAGGCUUCUCUCAGCAAUAGGCUCAAGACGUAUGCCAACUUCCCAGAAGCACCUCAGGAGGAGGCUUCUCUCAGCAAUAGGCUCAAGACGUAUGCCAACUUCCCAGAAGCACCUCAGGAGGAGGCUUCUCUCAGCAAUAGGCUCAAGACGUAUGCCAACUUCCCAGAAGCACCUCAGGAGGAGGCUUCUCUCAGCAAUAGGCUCAAGACGUAUGCCAACUUCCCAGAAGCACCUCAGGAGGAGGCUUCUCUCAGCAAUAGGCUCAAGACGUAUGCCAACUUCCCAGAAGCACCUCAGGAGGAGGCUUCUCUCAGCAAUAGGCUCAAGACGUAUGCCAACUUCCCAGAAGCACCUCAGGAGGAGGCUUCUCUCAGCAAUAGGCUCAAGACGUAUGCCAACUUCCCAGAAGCACCUCAGGAGGAGGCUUCUCUCAGCAAUAGGCUCAAGACGUAUGCCAACUUCCCAGAAGCACCUCAGGAGGAGGCUUCUCUCAGCAAUAGGCUCAAGACGUAUGCCAACUUCCCAGAAGCACCUCAGGAGGAGGCUUCUCUCAGCAAUAGGCUCAAGACGUAUGCCAACUUCCCAGAAGCACCUCAGGAGGAGGCUUCUCUCAGCAAUAGGCUCAAGACGUAUGCCAACUUCCCAGAAGCACCUCAGGAGGAGGCUUCUCUCAGCAAUAGGCUCAAGACGUAUGCCAACUUCCCAGAAGCACCUCAGGAGGAGGCUUCUCUCAGCAAUAGGCUCAAGACGUAUGCCAACUUCCCAGAAGCACCUCAGGAGGAGGCUUCUCUCAGCAAUAGGAUCAAGACGUAUGCCAACUUCCCAGAAGCACCUCAGGAGGAGGCUUCUCUCAGCAAUAGGCUCAAGACGUAUGCCAACUUCCCAGAAGCACCUCAGGAGGAGGCUUCUCUCAGCAAUAGGAUCAAGACGUAUGCCAACUUCCCAGAAGCACCUCAGGAGGAGGCUUCUCUCAGCAAUAGGAUCAAGACGUAUGCCAACUUCCCAGAAGCACCUCAGGAGGAGGCUUCUCUCAGCAAUAGGCUCAAGACGUAUGCCAACUUCCCAGAAGCACCUCAGGAGGAGGCUUCUCUCAGCAAUAGGAUCAAGACGUAUGCCAACUUCCCAGAAGCACCUCAGGAGGAGGCUUCUCUCAGCAAUAGGAUCAAGACGUAUGCCAACUUCCCAGAAGCACCUCAGGAGGAGGCUUCUCUCAGCAAUAGGAUCAAGACGUAUGCCAACUUCCCAGAAGCACCUCAGGAGGAGGCUUCUCUCAGCAAUAGGAUCAAGACGUAUGCCAACUUCCCAGAAGCACCUCAGGAGGAGGCUUCUCUCAGCAAUAGGCUCAAGACGUAUGCCAACUUCCCAGAAGCACCUCAGGAGGAGGCUUCUCUCAGCAAUAGGAUCAAGACGUAUGCCAACUUCCCAGAAGCACCUCAGGAGGAGGCUUCUCUCAGCAAUAGGCUCAAGACGUAUGCCAACUUCCCAGAAGCACCUCAGGAGGAGGCUUCUCUCAGCAAUAGGAUCAAGACGUAUGCCAACUUCCCAGAAGCACCUCAGGAGGAGGCUUCUCUCAGCAAUAGGCUCAAGACGUAUGCCAACUUCCCAGAAGCACCUCAGGAGGAGGCUUCUCUCAGCAAUAGGCUCAAGACGUAUGCCAACUUCCCAGAAGCACCUCAGGAGGAGGCUUCUCUCAGCAAUAGGAUCAAGACGUAUGCCAACUUCCCAGAAGCACCUCAGGAGGAGGCUUCUCUCAGCAAUAGGCUCAAGACGUAUGCCAACUUCCCAGAAGCACCUCAGGAGGAGGCUUCUCUCAGCAAUAGGCUCAAGACGUAUGCCAACUUCCCAGAAGCACCUCAGGAGGAGGCUUCUCUCAGCAAUAGGCUCAAGACGUAUGCCAACUUCCCAGAAGCACCUCAGGAGGAGGCUUCUCUCAGCAAUAGGCUCAAGACGUAUGCCAACUUCCCAGAAACACCUCAGGAGGAGGCUUCUCUCAGCAAUAGGCUCAAGACGUAUGCCAACUUCCCAGAAGCACCUCAGGAGGAGGCUUCUCUCAGCAAUAGGCUCAAGACGUAUGCCAACUUCCCAGAAGCACCUCAGGAGGAGGCUUCUCUCAGCAAUAGGCUCAAGACGUAUGCCAACUUCCCAGAAGCACCUCAGGAGGAGGCUUCUCUCAGCAAUAGGCUCAAGACGUAUGCCAACUUCCCAGAAGCACCUCAGGAGGAGGCUUCUCUCAGCAAUAGGCUCAAGACGUAUGCCAACUUCCCAGAAGCACCUCAGGAGGAGGCUUCUCUCAGCAAUAGGCUCAAGACGUAUGCCAACUUCCCAGAAGCACCUCAGGAGGAGGCUUCUCUCAGCAAUAGGCUCAAGACGUAUGCCAACUUCCCAGAAGCACCUCAGGAGGAGGCUUCUCUCAGCAAUAGGCUCAAGACGUAUGCCAACUUCCCAGAAGCACCUCAGGAGGAGGCUUCUCUCAGCAAUAGGCUCAAGACGUAUGCCAACUUCCCAGAAGCACCUCAGGAGGAGGCUUCUCUCAGCAAUAGGCUCAAGACGUAUGCCAACUUCCCAGAAGCACCUCAGGAGGAGGCUUCUCUCAGCAAUAGGCUCAAGACGUAUGCCAACUUCCCAGAAGCACCUCAGGAGGAGGCUUCUCUCAGCAAUAGGCUCAAGACGUAUGCCAACUUCCCAGAAGCACCUCAGGAGGAGGCUUCUCUCAGCAAUAGGCUCAAGACGUAUGCCAACUUCCCAGAAGCACCUCAGGAGGAGGCUUCUCUCAGCAAUAGGCUCAAGACGUAUGCCAACUUCCCAGAAGCACCUCAGGAGGAGGCUUCUCUCAGCAAUAGGCUCAAGACGUAUGCCAACUUCCCAGAAGCACCUCAGGAGGAGGCUUCUCUCAGCAAUAGGCUCAAGACGUAUGCCAACUUCCCAGAAGCACCUCAGGAGGAGGCUUCUCUCAGCAAUAGGCUCAAGACGUAUGCCAACUUCCCAGAAGCACCUCAGGAGGAGGCUUCUCUCAGCAAUAGGCUCAAGACGUAUGCCAACUUCCCAGAAGCACCUCAGGAGGAGGCUUCUCUCAGCAAUAGGCUCAAGACGUAUGCCAACUUCCCAGAAGCACCUCAGGAGGAGGCUUCUCUCAGCAAUAGGCUCAAGACGUAUGCCAACUUCCCAGAAGCACCUCAGGAGGAGGCUUCUCUCAGCAAUAGGCUCAAGACGUAUGCCAACUUCCCAGAAGCACCUCAGGAGGAGGCUUCUCUCAGCAAUAGGCUCAAGACGUAUGCCAACUUCCCAGAAGCACCUCAGGAGGAGGCUUCUCUCAGCAAUAGGCUCAAGACGUAUGCCAACUUCCCAGAAGCACCUCAGGAGGAGGCUUCUCUCAGCAAUAGGCUCAAGACGUAUGCCAACUUCCCAGAAGCACCUCAGGAGGAGGCUUCUCUCAGCAAUAGGCUCAAGACGUAUGCCAACUUCCCAGAAGCACCUCAGGAGGAGGCUUCUCUCAGCAAUAGGCUCAAGACGUAUGCCAACUUCCCAGAAGCACCUCAGGAGGAGGCUUCUCUCAGCAAUAGGCUCAAGACGUAUGCCAACUUCCCAGAAGCACCUCAGGAGGAGGCUUCUCUCAGCAAUAGGCUCAAGACGUAUGCCAACUUCCCAGAAGCACCUCAGGAGGAGGCUUCUCUCAGCAAUAGGCUCAAGACGUAUGCCAACUUCCCAGAAGCACCUCAGGAGGAGGCUUCUCUCAGCAAUAGGCUCAAGACGUAUGCCAACUUCCCAGAAGCACCUCAGGAGGAGGCUUCUCUCAGCAAUAGGCUCAAGACGUAUGCCAACUUCCCAGAAGCACCUCAGGAGGAGGCUUCUCUCAGCAAUAGGCUCAAGACGUAUGCCAACUUCCCAGAAGCACCUCAGGAGGAGGCUUCUCUCAGCAAUAGGCUCAAGACGUAUGCCAACUUCCCAGAAGCACCUCAGGAGGAGGCUUCUCUCAGCAAUAGGCUCAAGACGUAUGCCAACUUCCCAGAAGCACCUCAGGAGGAGGCUUCUCUCAGCAAUAGGCUCAAGACGUAUGCCAACUUCCCAGAAGCACCUCAGGAGGAGGCUUCUCUCAGCAAUAGGCUCAAGACGUAUGCCAACUUCCCAGAAGCACCUCAGGAGGAGGCUUCUCUCAGCAAUAGGCUCAAGACGUAUGCCAACUUCCCAGAAGCACCUCAGGAGGAGGCUUCUCUCAGCAAUAGGCUCAAGACGUAUGCCAACUUCCCAGAAGCACCUCAGGAGGAGGCUUCUCUCAGCAAUAGGCUCAAGACGUAUGCCAACUUCCCAGAAGCACCUCAGGAGGAGGCUUCUCUCAGCAAUAGGCUCAAGACGUAUGCCAACUUCCCAGAAGCACCUCAGGAGGAGGCUUCUCUCAGCAAUAGGCUCAAGACGUAUGCCAACUUCCCAGAAGCACCUCAGGAGGAGGCUUCUCUCAGCAAUAGGCUCAAGACGUAUGCCAACUUCCCAGAAGCACCUCAGGAGGAGGCUUCUCUCAGCAAUAGGCUCAAGACGUAUGCCAACUUCCCAGAAGCACCUCAGGAGGAGGCUUCUCUCAGCAAUAGGCUCAAGACGUAUGCCAACUUCCCAGAAGCACCUCAGGAGGAGGCUUCUCUCAGCAAUAGGCUCAAGACGUAUGCCAACUUCCCAGAAGCACCUCAGGAGGAGGCUUCUCUCAGCAAUAGGCUCAAGACGUAUGCCAACUUCCCAGAAGCACCUCAGGAGGAGGCUUCUCUCAGCAAUAGGCUCAAGACGUAUGCCAACUUCCCAGAAGCACCUCAGGAGGAGGCUUCUCUCAGCAAUAGGCUCAAGACGUAUGCCAACUUCCCAGAAGCACCUCAGGAGGAGGCUUCUCUCAGCAAUAGGCUCAAGACGUAUGCCAACUUCCCAGAAGCACCUCAGGAGGAGGCUUCUCUCAGCAAUAGGCUCAAGACGUAUGCCAACUUCCCAGAAGCACCUCAGGAGGAGGCUUCUCUCAGCAAUAGGCUCAAGACGUAUGCCAACUUCCCAGAAGCACCUCAGGAGGAGGCUUCUCUCAGCAAUAGGCUCAAGACGUAUGCCAACUUCCCAGAAGCACCUCAGGAGGAGGCUUCUCUCAGCAAUAGGCUCAAGACGUAUGCCAACUUCCCAGAAGCACCUCAGGAGGAGGCUUCUCUCAGCAAUAGGCUCAAGACGUAUGCCAACUUCCCAGAAGCACCUCAGGAGGAGGCUUCUCUCAGCAAUAGGCUCAAGACGUAUGCCAACUUCCCAGAAGCACCUCAGGAGGAGGCUUCUCUCAGCAAUAGGCUCAAGACGUAUGCCAACUUCCCAGAAGCACCUCAGGAGGAGGCUUCUCUCAGCAAUAGGCUCAAGACGUAUGCCAACUUCCCAGAAGCACCUCAGGAGGAGGCUUCUCUCAGCAAUAGGCUCAAGACGUAUGCCAACUUCCCAGAAGCACCUCAGGAGGAGGCUUCUCUCAGCAAUAGGCUCAAGACGUAUGCCAACUUCCCAGAAGCACCUCAGGAGGAGGCUUCUCUCAGCAAUAGGCUCAAGACGUAUGCCAACUUCCCAGAAGCACCUCAGGAGGAGGCUUCUCUCAGCAAUAGGCUCAAGACGUAUGCCAACUUCCCAGAAGCACCUCAGGAGGAGGCUUCUCUCAGCAAUAGGCUCAAGACGUAUGCCAACUUCCCAGAAGCACCUCAGGAGGAGGCUUCUCUCAGCAAUAGGCUCAAGACGUAUGCCAACUUCCCAGAAGCACCUCAGGAGGAGGCUUCUCUCAGCAGUAGGCUCAAGACGUAUGCCAACUUCCCAGAAGCACCUCAGGAGGAGGCUUCUCUCAGCAAUAGGCUCAAGACGUAUGCCAACUUCCCAGAAGCACCUCAGGAGGAGGCUUCUCUCAGCAAUAGGCUCAAGACGUAUGCCAACUUCCCAGAAGCACCUCAGGAGGAGGCUUCUCUCAGCAAUAGGCUCAAGACGUAUGCCAACUUCCCAGAAGCACCUCAGGAGGAGGCUUCUCUCAGCAAUAGGCUCAAGACGUAUGCCAACUUCCCAGAAGCACCUCAGGAGGAGGCUUCUCUCAGCAGUAGGCUCAAGACGUAUGCCAACUUCCCAGAAGCACCUCAGGAGGAGGCUUCUCUCAGCAGUAGGCUCAAGACGUAUGCCAACUUCCCAGAAGCACCUCAGGAGGAGGCUUCUCUCAGCAAUAGGCUCAAGACGUAUGCCAACUUCCCAGAAGCACCUCAGGAGGAGGCUUCUCUCAGCAAUAGGCUCAAGACGUAUGCCAGCUUCCCAGAAGCACCUCAGGAGGAGGCUUCUCUCAGCAAUAGGCUCAAGACGUAUGCCAACUUCCCAGAAGCACCUCAGGAGGAGGCUUCUCUCAGCAAUAGGCUCAAGACGUAUGCCAACUUCCCAGAAGCACCUCAGGAGGAGGCUUCUCUCAGCAAUAGGCUCAAGACGUAUGCCAACUUCCCAGAAGCACCUCAGGAGGAGGCUUCUCUCAGCAAUAGGCUCAAGACGUAUGCCAACUUCCCAGAAGCACCUCAGGAGGAGGCUUCUCUCAGCAAUAGGCUCAAGACGUAUGCCAACUUCCCAGAAGCACCUCAGGAGGAGGCUUCUCUCAGCAAUAGGCUCAAGACGUAUGCCAACUUCCCAGAAGCACCUCAGGAGGAGGCUUCUCUCAGCAAUAGGCUCAAGACGUAUGCCAGCUUCCCAGAAGCACCUCAGGAGGAGGCUUCUCUCAGCAAUAGGCUCAAGACGUAUGCCAACUUCCCAGAAGCACCUCAGGAGGAGGCUUCUCUCAGCAAUAGGCUCAAGACGUAUGCCAACUUCCCAGAAGCACCUCAGGAGGAGGCUUCUCUCAGCAGUAGGCUCAAGACGUAUGCCAACUUCCCAGAAGCACCUCAGGAGGAGGCUUCUCUCAGCAAUAGGCUCAAGACGUAUGCCAACUUCCCAGAAGCACCUCAGGAGGAGGCUUCUCUCAGCAAUAGGCUCAAGACGUAUGCCAACUUCCCAGAAGCACCUCAGGAGGAGGCUUCUCUCAGCAAUAGGCUCAAGACGUAUGCCAACUUCCCAGAAGCACCUCAGGAGGAGGCUUCUCUCAGCAAUAGGCUCAAGACGUAUGCCAACUUCCCAGAAGCACCUCAGGAGGAGGCUUCUCUCAGCAAUAGGCUCAAGACGUAUGCCAACUUCCCAGAAGCACCUCAGGAGGAGGCUUCUCUCAGCAAUAGGCUCAAGACGUAUGCCAACUUCCCAGAAGCACCUCAGGAGGAGGCUUCUCUCAGCAAUAGGCUCAAGACGUAUGCCAACUUCCCAGAAGCACCUCAGGAGGAGGCUUCUCUCAGCAAUAGGCUCAAGACGUAUGCCAACUUCCCAGAAGCACCUCAGGAGGAGGCUUCUCUCAGCAAUAGGCUCAAGACGUAUGCCAACUUCCCAGAAGCACCUCAGGAGGAGGCUUCUCUCAGCAAUAGGCUCAAGACGUAUGCCAACUUCCCAGAAGCACCUCAGGAGGAGGCUUCUCUCAGCAAUAGGCUCAAGACGUAUGCCAACUUCCCAGAAGCACCUCAGGAGGAGGCUUCUCUCAGCAAUAGGCUCAAGACGUAUGCCAACUUCCCAGAAGCACCUCAGGAGGAGGCUUCUCUCAGCAAUAGGCUCAAGACGUAUGCCAACUUCCCAGAAGCACCUCAGGAGGAGGCUUCUCUCAGCAAUAGGCUCAAGACGUAUGCCAACUUCCCAGAAGCACCUCAGGAGGAGGCUUCUCUCAGCAAUAGGCUCAAGACGUAUGCCAACUUCCCAGAAGCACCUCAGGAGGAGGCUUCUCUCAGCAAUAGGCUCAAGACGUAUGCCAACUUCCCAGAAGCACCUCAGGAGGAGGCUUCUCUCAGCAAUAGGCUCAAGACGUAUGCCAACUUCCCAGAAGCACCUCAGGAGGAGGCUUCUCUCAGCAAUAGGCUCAAGACGUAUGCCAACUUCCCAGAAGCACCUCAGGAGGAGGCUUCUCUCAGCAAUAGGCUCAAGACGUAUGCCAACUUCCCAGAAGCACCUCAGGAGGAGGCUUCUCUCAGCAAUAGGCUCAAGACGUAUGCCAACUUCCCAGAAGCACCUCAGGAGGAGGCAUCUCUCAGCAGUAGGCUCAAGACGUAUGCCAACUUCCCAGAAGCACCUCAGGAGGAGGCUUCUCUCAGCAAUAGGCUCAAGACGUAUGCCAACUUCCCAGAAGCACCUCAGGAGGAGGCUUCUCUCAGCAAUAGGCUCAAGACGUAUGCCAACUUCCCAGAAGCACCUCAGGAGGAGGCUUCUCUCAGCAAUAGGCUCAAGACGUAUGCCAACUUCCCAGAAGCACCUCAGGAGGAGGCUUCUCUCAGCAAUAGGCUCAAGACGUAUGCCAACUUCCCAGAAGCACCUCAGGAGGAGGCUUCUCUCAGCAAUAGGCUCAAGACGUAUGCCAACUUCCCAGAAGCACCUCAGGAGGAGGCUUCUCUCAGCAAUAGGCUCAAGACGUAUGCCAACUUCCCAGAAGCACCUCAGGAGGAGGCUUCUCUCAGCAAUAGGCUCAAGACGUAUGCCAACUUCCCAGAAGCACCUCAGGAGGAGGCUUCUCUCAGCAAUAGGCUCAAGACGUAUGCCAACUUCCCAGAAGCACCUCAGGAGGAGGCUUCUCUCAGCAAUAGGCUCAAGACGUAUGCCAACUUCCCAGAAGCACCUCAGGAGGAGGCUUCUCUCAGCAAUAGGCUCAAGACGUAUGCCAACUUCCCAGAAGCACCUCAGGAGGAGGCUUCUCUCAGCAAUAGGCUCAAGACGUAUGCCAACUUCCCAGAAGCACCUCAGGAGGAGGCUUCUCUCAGCAAUAGGCUCAAGACGUAUGCCAACUUCCCAGAAGCACCUCAGGAGGAGGCUUCUCUCAGCAAUAGGCUCAAGACGUAUGCCAACUUCCCAGAAGCACCUCAGGAGGAGGCUUCUCUCAGCAAUAGGCUCAAGACGUAUGCCAACUUCCCAGAAGCACCUCAGGAGGAGGCUUCUCUCAGCAAUAGGCUCAAGACGUAUGCCAACUUCCCAGAAGCACCUCAGGAGGAGGCUUCUCUCAGCAAUAGGCCCAAGACGUAUGCCAACUUCCCAGAAGCACCUCAGGAGGAGGCUUCUCUCAGCAAUAGGCUCAAGACGUAUGCCAACUUCCCAGAAGCACCUCAGGAGGAGGCUUCUCUCAGCAAUAGGCUCAAGACGUAUGCCAACUUCCCAGAAGCACCUCAGGAGGAGGCUUCUCUCAGCAAUAGGCUCAAGACGUAUGCCAACUUCCCAGAAGCACCUCAGGAGGAGGCUUCUCUCAGCAAUAGGCUCAAGACGUAUGCCAACUUCCCAGAAGCACCUCAGGAGGAGGCUUCUCUCAGCAAUAGGCUCAAGACGUAUGCCAACUUCCCAGAAGCACCUCAGGAGGAGGCUUCUCUCAGCAAUAGGCUCAAGACGUAUGCCAACUUCCCAGAAGCACCUCAGGAGGAGGCUUCUCUCAGCAAUAGGCUCAAGACGUAUGCCAACUUCCCAGAAGCACCUCAGGAGGAGGCUUCUCUCAGCAAUAGGCUCAAGACGUAUGCCAACUUCCCAGAAGCACCUCAGGAGGAGGCUUCUCUCAGCAAUAGGCUCAAGACGUAUGCCAACUUCCCAGAAGCACCUCAGGAGGAGGCUUCUCUCAGCAAUAGGCUCAAGACGUAUGCCAACUUCCCAGAAGCACCUCAGGAGGAGGCUUCUCUCAGCAAUAGGCUCAAGACGUAUGCCAACUUCCCAGAAGCACCUCAGGAGGAGGCUUCUCUCAGCAAUAGGCUCAAGACGUAUGCCAACUUCCCAGAAGCACCUCAGGAGGAGGCUUCUCUCAGAAAUAGGCUCAAGACGUAUGCCAACUUCCCAGAAGCACCUCAGGAGGAGGCUUCUCUCAGCAAUAGGCUCAAGACGUAUGCCAACUUCCCAGAAGCACCUCAGGAGGAGGCUUCUCUCAGCAAUAGGCUCAAGACGUAUGCCAACUUCCCAGAAGCACCUCAGGAGGAGGCUUCUCUCAGCAAUAGGCUCAAGACGUAUGCCAACUUCCCAGAAGCACCUCAGGAGGAGGCUUCUCUCAGCAAUAGGCUCAAGACGUAUGCCAACUUCCCAGAAGCACCUCAGGAGGAGGCUUCUCUCAGCAAUAGGCUCAAGACGUAUGCCAACUUCCCAGAAGCACCUCAGGAGGAGGCUUCUCUCAGCAAUAGGCUCAAGACGUAUGCCAACUUCCCAGAAGCACCUCAGGAGGAGGCUUCUCUCAGCAAUAGGCUCAAGACGUAUGCCAACUUCCCAGAAGCACCUCAGGAGGAGGCUUCUCUCAGCAAUAGGCUCAAGACGUAUGCCAACUUCCCAGAAGCACCUCAGGAGGAGGCUUCUCUCAGCAAUAGGCUCAAGACGUAUGCCAACUUCCCAGAAGCACCUCAGGAGGAGGCUUCUCUCAGCAAUAGGCUCAAGACGUAUGCCAACUUCCCAGAAGCAUCUCAGGAGGAGGCUUCUCUCAGCAAUAGGCUCAAGACGUAUGCCAACUUCCCAGAAGCACCUCAGGAGGAGGCUUCUCUCAGCAAUAGGCUCAAGACGUAUGCCAACUUCCCAGAAGCACCUCAGGAGGAGGCUUCUCUCAGCAAUAGGCUCAAGACGUAUGCCAACUUCCCAGAAGCACCUCAGGAGGAGGCUUCUCUCAGCAAUAGGCUCAAGACGUAUGCCAACUUCCCAGAAGCACCUCAGGAGGAGGCUUCUCUCAGCAAUAGGCUCAAGACGUAUGCCAACUUCCCAGAAGCACCUCAGGAGGAGGCUUCUCUCAGCAAUAGGCUCAAGACGUAUGCCAACUUCCCAGAAGCACCUCAGGAGGAGGCUUCUCUCAGCAAUAGGCUCAAGACGUAUGCCAACUUCCCAGAAGCACCUCAGGAGGAGGCUUCUCUCAGCAAUAGGCUCAAGACGUAUGCCAACUUCCCAGAAGCACCUCAGGAGGAGGCUUCUCUCAGCAAUAGGCUCAAGACGUAUGCCAACUUCCCAGAAGCACCUCAGGAGGAGGCUUCUCUCAGCAAUAGGCUCAAGACGUAUGCCAACUUCCCAGAAGCACCUCAGGAGGAGGCUUCUCUCAGCAAUAGGCUCAAGACGUAUGCCAACUUCCCAGAAGCACCUCAGGAGGAGGCUUCUCUCAGCAAUAGGCUCAAGACGUAUGCCAACUUCCCAGAAGCACCUCAGGAGGAGGCUUCUCUCAGCAAUAGGCUCAAGACGUAUGCCAACUUCCCAGAAGCACCUCAGGAGGAGGCUUCUCUCAGCAAUAGGCUCAAGACGUAUGCCAACUUCCCAGAAGCACCUCAGGAGGAGGCUUCUCUCAGCAAUAGGCUCAAGACGUAUGCCAACUUCCCAGAAGCACCUCAGGAGGAGGCUUCUCUCAGCAAUAGGCUCAAGACGUAUGCCAACUUCCCAGAAGCACCUCAGGAGGAGGCUUCUCUCAGCAAUAGGCUCAAGACGUAUGCCAACUUCCCAGAAGCACCUCAGGAGGAGGCUUCUCUCAGCAAUAGGCUCAAGACGUAUGCCAACUUCCCAGAAGCACCUCAGGAGGAGGCUUCUCUCAGCAAUAGGCUCAAGACGUAUGCCAACUUCCCAGAAGCACCUCAGGAGGAGGCUUCUCUCAGCAAUAGGCUCAAGACGUAUGCCAACUUCCCAGAAGCACCUCAGGAGGAGGCUUCUCUCAGCAAUAGGCUCAAGACGUAUGCCAACUUCCCAGAAGCACCUCAGGAGGAGGCUUCUCUCAGCAAUAGGCUCAAGACGUAUGCCAACUUCCCAGAAGCACCUCAGGAGGAGGCUUCUCUCAGCAAUAGGCUCAAGACGUAUGCCAACUUCCCAGAAGCACCUCAGGAGGAGGCUUCUCUCAGCAAUAGGCUCAAGACGUAUGCCAACUUCCCAGAAGCACCUCAGGAGGAGGCUUCUCUCAGCAAUAGGCUCAAGACGUAUGCCAACUUCCCAGAAGCACCUCAGGAGGAGGCUUCUCUCAGCAAUAGGCUCAAGACGUAUGCCAACUUCCCAGAAGCACCUCAGGAGGAGGCUUCUCUCAGCAAUAGGCUCAAGACGUAUGCCAACUUCCCAGAAGCACCUCAGGAGGAGGCUUCUCUCAGCAAUAGGCUCAAGACGUAUGCCAACUUCCCAGAAGCACCUCAGGAGGAGGCUUCUCUCAGCAAUAGGCUCAAGACGUAUGCCAACUUCCCAGAAGCACCUCAGGAGGAGGCUUCUCUCAGCAAUAGGCUCAAGACGUAUGCCAACUUCCCAGAAGCACCUCAGGAGGAGGCUUCUCUCAGCAAUAGGCUCAAGACGUAUGCCAACUUCCCAGAAGCACCUCAGGAGGAGGCUUCUCUCAGCAAUAGGCUCAAGACGUAUGCCAACUUCCCAGAAGCACCUCAGGAGGAGGCUUCUCUCAGCAAUAGGCUCAAGACGUAUGCCAACUUCCCAGAAGCACCUCAGGAGGAGGCUUCUCUCAGCAAUAGGCUCAAGACGUAUGCCAACUUCCCAGAAGCACCUCAGGAGGAGGCUUCUCUCAGCAAUAGGAAUCCCAAAAUCCCUGUGGCUACUGGAAAGGGUCCUUGGGUGCCCUGCCUCACCUCGAGAAGCGUCCCUUUGGCCCUGCCAAGCCUCGAAGAGAUUCCUGAGGUGUCCCUCGUUACUAGACAGGAGUCCUGA